AUGUCAACAAAUAAUACAUAUGCAGCAACAUUAUUAGCAGCUACCUCAUAUGUUACACUGAGCAUUGAUCUUAUUACUCUCAUUAUUGGAAUAGUUGGAUGUAUUUGCAACCUAAUAACAUUUACUGCUCCACAAAUACGACGAAAUGCUUGUAUAUUUUAUUUAUUAUGUGCUACUGUAUUUCAAAUGGUAUCAAUUCUUUUCAUUAUUCCAAAUCGUUUGGCUGCAAAUAAUUUUGGAUCCAAUUUCGAUCCACAUUCAAUUAUUUACUGUAAAAUACAUUAUUAUUUGGUCGUUACACUGCCUGAAUCAGCGACAUUUCAUAUAUUAUUAUCCAUUAUGGAUCGAUGUUUAGCUACAUCGACAAAUGCUAGAAUAAGAGCUUGGAGUGAUCUUAAAAUUGCACAUAGAAUAUCCGCUGGUACUAUCAUUUUUAUAUUUAUUACAAAUAUACAAUUGAUCAUAUUUUAUACUAUAUAUAAUAAUAAUUGUCAAAUUACUCCAGGUGGCUUCGAGCUUUACUUUGGAGCUAGCUUUUCAUUCAUUGUUGCUAUUAUUAUUCCAUAUAUUCUUAUGUUCAUUUUUUCUCUUAUUACUUAUUUUCAAAUGAAAAAAACAAAACGACGAAUAGUUCCAGCUCCAAACAUACUAAAUCAGAAACAGACAAAUCGUUUCGAAUCUCAGAUUAUUCGGAUUAUUGUAUUACAAGUUGUUGUUAGUGCAACGCUUGAAUCAUUACGUCUUGGUUCAUAUGCGUACUCAAUCUUUACUAGUGGCAAUUUGACGAAGACACUAACUGCACGUGUUAUUGAAAAUUUUACAGUACAAUUUGGUGUUUCAAUUUAUUUUCUUAGUUUGGGUAUAUCGUUUUAUGUAUCAACUUUAACAAGCAAAUAUUUUCGAGAUAUAUUGAAAAAACGAAUCAUUGAUUUAUAUAAUCAUUAUUGUCGUCGACAAAUAUAA